AUGAUAUCUACCACUCAUCUCCUCUCUUCCCUGGCCAUCGCUCUCGUCGCUGUCGCAGGCGUGCAUGGCGAGACCCACACGAUCUCAUUCGUCAACAACUGCGGCUUCGGGACGCCAACUCUCGUCAGUCAGAACGGCGCCAUCCUUUCGACCGGCGGGUCGUACACCGCCAACGGACAGAUCGUGGGCGCCAUUGCCUACCUACAGACCGGCGCCUGUGGGCUGAACGGUGAUAACUGCCUCACCGUCGAGACGACCUUGAUCAAUGGCGCAUCGAGCACAGAUCUUACUCUGAUCCCGGACCAUGCGUUCAGCGCUUUGGAUACUACGGCGGCUGCGACGGCGCUGGCGCGGACUGUAAUAACGCGGGCUGCGACACUGCGUUCCAUGUUCCCACCGAUACCCAGGUUCAAGUCGGAUGCACAGCUCGUAACGAGAACCUUGCGAUCACCUUCUGUAACUGAGGUGACUCUUGCUGCGAUUGUCGGGCCCCCGACGAUGUUGAGGGCGCCGUUCAGGGAGCCCAUAAACUGGAAUUCUCUCGUCACCACUAUCCCUCCAGGACGUGCGGCAGUUCGCGUCGUCUUCGCCCUUCGACCCGGCCUCUUGAUGCCCAUCGACGCCAUCGUCUUUGAGGAGACCCAGCAGGGGCGGCCCGUCCUCAAUACAGUCCGAGAGCCAACCGCUACUGCUUUCUUCCCUCUUGAAACUCAGCAGCCAACAUCCACAAUGUUCUUUCCCUCUCUUAUAACUUCCGCUAUCGUCUCCCUCGCCGCUGUUGCCGGCGUGUACGCCGAGUCGCACACAAUCACUUUCGUCAACAAGUGCGGCCGCGGAACGCCCACUCUUCGUGCCCAGAACGGCGCAGUGCUGUCUACAGGCGGCGCGUACACCAUCAACGGACCUCUGAUCGGCGCGAUUGCCUAUCUUCAGACCGGCGGCUGUGGGGCGAACGGAGAGAACUGUCUUCUUGUCGAAACAACCCUUAGGAACCCCCCGUCGCCAGGCGCAGGAUCCAGCACGGACCUUUCGCUGAUUCCGCCGCACGCGUUCAGCGUCACGACUGGAUUUGGUUACUAUAAUGGCUGCAACGGUGCUGGCGCAGACUGCACCGGCCCAAGCUGCACUACUGCGUUCCACAAACCUACGGACACAUACGUUCAGGUUCAGUGCGAGACAAACAACGUCGAUCUUUCCAUCACUUUCUGCGAUUGA